GCCAGCGGCCAAGCUUCCAACCCCGGGCAGGCUGUGCCAGCCCCCCUGUCCCGCUCGCCCACCCCGGCUGGGCAGCGGCCAUGGGUGAGAGGGCAGUGCCGGGGAUGCUUCACCGCCCUGGCUGCUUCUGAAGGCUCCUCAGGAAGUUUUGGGAGCGGGGGGCCGGCGGCGGGGAGCAGCCUCGGCCAUGCUGGCCGCUUGCUGAGGCUGCAGCGGGAAGAGCCGCGGCGGGGCGGAUGCGGGAACCGGGGCGCUGAGGCCGGGACGGGGCAGGGUCGCGCCCGCUGCCCCCCGCCAGCUCGGGGGCUAUGAGAGCAGAGGAGCCAGCAGGAGGAGAGGAAGAGGAGAUGCCGACCUUCAGCUAUCGACCCAGUGGCAGGGCACGGACCAACUGCAGCCGCUGCCAGAAGAACAUCUCUCUCCAGACAGCUGUUAAAGUCCUCUACAUCUUCUCUGCCCUCCUCAUCGUGGCUGUGACCGUGCUGGCUGCCUUGGUGUUCAAGAAGGUUGACUCCAUCUCCAACAACAUCAGCUCGGCCCAAACCUAUUACGAGAAGAAGAUCAUAUCCAUCCAAGAGGAUCUUCAAGGGUUGGAUGAGAAGACCUCAGGGAACUGCUCCCUCUGCCAUGAGACGGGACAGCUGGGCCAGGAGAUCACCAAGCUGCAGGGUGAGCUGGAGGAGAUCCAGAAGAUGCUUUUGGUCCAAGAAAUCCUGCUCGAUCGGACCUCCCAGACCCACAGCCAGCUCUCCUCCACCAGCAACAAGAUCACCAGAGAGGUGGACAGUUGCUCCUCCUCCAUCCGGCAGGUCAACGAAAGCUUGGGCCAGUUCUUGGCCCAGGUCGGGGGCUGGCAGGUGGUCACCUCCCAGCUGGACAACUCCCUCAAGGGCUUGGCCCAGGAGCGCUACGACGUGCGAGCGGCCGUGCAGCAGAUGAACUUCACCCUGGGGCAAACCUCCGACUGGAUCCAGGUCAUCCAGAGGAAGGCGGAGGAGGAGACGCUGACGCUGCAGAAGUUGGUGACCGAGUGGCAGAACUACACCCGCCUCUUCGGCGGGCUGAGGGCCACCUCCGCCAAGACCGGCGAGCUGCUGAAGAGCAUCCAAGGCAGCGCGGGCGCGGCGGCCCGGCAGGUCAGCCAGAACUCGGAGAGCAUGCACGACCUGGUGCUGCAGGUGAUGGGGCUGCAGCUGCAGCUGGACAACGUCUCCUCCUUUCUGGACGACCACGAGGAGAACGUGAACGACCUGCGCUACCACCGCGGCUACGCGGAGAACCGCACGGCCGAGCGCUUCCAGAGCCUGGAGGGCCGCAUGAGCUCGCACGAGGUGGAGAUCGGCACCAUCUUCGCCAACAUCAACGCCACCGACAGCCACGUCCACAGCAUGCUGCGCUACCUGGACGACGUGCGGCUCUCCUGCACCCUGGGCUUCCACGCGCACGCCGAGGAGCUCUACUACUUGAACAAGUCCCUCAGCUUGGUGCAGGGCACCACCGACCUGCUGCGGGAGAGUUACAGCCUGCUCAGCGCCCGGCUGGACUUCGACGUCCGGAACCUUUCCAUGGUCAUGGAGGAGAUGAAGGUGGUGGAUGUCCAGCACGGGAAGAUGCUGAAGAACAUCACCGUCUUACGAGGUGUUCCAGGUCUCCCAGGCCCCCGUGGCAUCAAGGGCGAUGUGGGCAUCAAAGGCCCUCCAGGACUCGAAGGAGAGAAGGGCGACAUGGGCAGCCUGGGCUCACCAGGACCCCAGGGACCACCUGGCCCCCCAGGAUACCCUGGUCCCCAGGGUGAGAGGGGGCCCCUGGGCUUGAAAGGCUUCCCUGGUCUCAAGGGUGCCAAGGGCAGCUAUGGGCAAUCUGGCUCCCAGGGACAGGCAGGACCCAAGGGAGACUCUGGUGCUCCAGGGCCAGCAGGAGGACCUGGGCCAUUGGGACCCCCUGGCCCACAGGGCGAGCCAGGACUCCCUGGGAGCCCGGGGGCUGCAGGCCAGGCUGGCCCCAUGGGGCCCAAGGGAGACCCUGGUUUACGAGGCCCCCCAGGGCUACCAGGUCCCCCUGGCCCCCCAGGACAGUAACCCAGACUGCUGCCAGGCUAUCAGGGCAGUGGGUUCAAACUGGGGUCCCCACUGCUACUCCUCCAGACCCCUCCACUGCAUCCCCUGCAGGGGUGUGAGGCUGAGCCUUGCAGGAGGGGGGGGCAGAGGGGUUCCCUUGUGUGUGUUUUGCCCCCGCCCUAGUGCAAGGGUUUGGGGCUGGUCCCCAGCUCUCAGGGAUGCUGCCAGCUCCAGGGUGGGGAGUCCCUGUGGGAUGGGGUGCAGCUGGUUUGUGCCCUUGCCCCCCCCUCUGGCCCCACUUCGUGUCUGUCCCCCCCAACCCUGCACUGUCCCCCACCAUGUACUCUUGGCACAAUAAAGCUCUGUGGGAACAGGCA